UCACAUAUCUCCCAAAUUCUUAAUGACAUCCGGGGUGUUUGUGGCGGGAGUCUGUUCUGUCCUGUUUGGCUUAAUAGAUCAAGCUCGUGGCGGUACCACAUUCAUCACACUGGCAUUCCUGAUACGGGCGCUAGAGGGCGCUGGAUCUGCAGCCUUUCAAACGUCAAGCUUCGCCAUUGUUGCAGCAGAAUUUACCGACCGAACGCCAUCUGUAUUCGCUAUUCUCGAGACCUUCUGCGGCCUAGGACUAAUUUCGGGACCGGCAAUAGGUGGAGUUUUAUUUGAGCAUGGUGGUUAUCCCCUUCCAUUCCUAGUUCUCGGAGGACUGCUGGUGUUAGAGACAUUUCUCGUGUAUUUAGUUGUGCCGGAAAGUGAAACACUUAACAAUACAUCAGAAGCAAGCGUGAAGAAGUUCCUAGCAGAUGGAGCCACUAUCAUCUAUAGCCUAGUUGUUACGAUGUGUUUAAUUAUUAUCGGUUACAACACUGCCGCACUAGAACCACACAUUCGGCAAUUUCAUCUGUCCCCGUUUUUAUUAGGAGCAUUGUUUACAAUCUGUGGUGGAAGUUAUACUCUUUGUGCACCAAUAUGGGGUAGAAUGGCUGACAGAAAGUUUCCACCAAUGGUUAUGGUUUUUGUUGGAUGCCUACUCAACAGUGCCACGCUGUUAAUUAUUGGUCCAGCUCCUUUUUUACCGUUUGAUACGAUUCUGUGGGUAGUCAUUCUCUCUUUAUUUUUGAGCGGAGUAGCAAAUGGCGGGAAAAUUAUUGGAUCAUUUACUGGAGUCCUGGAGUCCACUAGAAAAAGAGGAUUUCCUGACAAUUUCUCUACAUACGGUUUGGUAUCUGCUCUUUUCACUUUCUGUCGCUCUUUGGGUGCUACUAUAGGUCCCUCUUUUGGAGGUUUCGUGUUUGAAAACAUCGGAUAUCGAGCAGGAACUAUGGUACUGUUAGCAGCAGAACUAUUACUG